GGAUAUAUAUUAUAUAUUUUAUUUUUUCUUAAAAAACAGAUUAAUUUAUGAUUAUGGAAAAGAUUAAAACAAGUGUUUGUGAAGAAGAAGAGAAGAUAGAAAGAGAAAAGACAUUGAAUAUGUACUACGAUUAUAGUUCAGACAGUACAUUGACAGAGGAUAUAUUUGAGGAGGAAACAGAGCCUGUAGAUAUUCAAAUGAAAGAAAUAAAUACACAAAUACACAGAAAGUCGUCAGAAGUGUUGUCAGAAAUAUCAGAUUGCAAUGAGCGUACAGCUAAAAGAAUUAGGCGUAGUAUAUCUGCUACGACAACAUUGGGUCAAUCACAAACAACAAUUGAUAAAGAGACAAAAAGGCAGCAGAAAGAAGCAGAGAGGAUGAUAAAGGAGUUAGAAAAGGAAAAAGAAAAGGCUCUGAAAGCUUCUUUAAAAGAAGAAGAACGACGACGAAAAGAAGAGGAGAAAAAAAGGAAAAAAGAAGAAAAAAUCGAAAGAGAAAUGCAAAGAGAGGAAGAAAGAAGAAAAAAAGAGAUAGAAAAGUGUAGAAAAGAGGAAGAAAGACAAUUAAAAGAAGAAGAACGACUUAGAAAAAAAGCAGAAAAAGAUGCUAAACAACAGGAGAAAAAUGAAGCAAAAAAGAAAAAAGAAGAAAAAAAGGAAAGUGAUCAGGAAAAAAAGCAAAAUUCACAAUUAAAACUCCAAAAUUUUUUUCAUACAAAACUUCCUAAAGAAAAUCGAGCAGGAAUCAAAGAUUGCUUUGUUUCCGAUUACGACAAAUGUUUUAUUCCAUUUUUUGUUAAACAACAUACUUUUCUUUCAGACCAACAUGCUUUUAUACGGAGUCCUGAUGACCAUAUAAUAACAAUAAAAAACAUAGAUGAACUUUUGGAUUCAGAUUUUCCAAUUACAUCCCCCAUUAAACAUUUAUUAUCACUUUUUAAAAUUACUAUUGUUCCAUCAUCUUAUUCCCGAAAAUCAAGUAUUACUGUUAAAUCUAUUCUUCAAAAAUAUGAGCAGUCGAAUUCAACUGAUGACUUCUUGAAUAAACUUAAAAUAUUUCCUAUGAAACUUCUCCAAUUCAGGGAAGAUGUUCGACCACCUUAUUACGGUACAUUUUCAAAAUCAUCUAUUAUAUUAACUCCAAGAAAUCCAUUUAAGACAGAUGAGAGUUUAUUUAAUUAUAAUUAUGAUUCAGAAGCAGAGUGGAUAGAAGAAGAAGAAGGUGAAGAUAUCAAUAGUAUAAAUGAUAGCGAUGAAGAUGAUGCUGCUGAAUUAAAAGAAGAGGAUGAUGAUAAAGACUUUCUCGAUGAUGAUGAUGAGUCUAAUGAUAUAAAAAAAAAAGUAAUCGUAAAUUUAAUACCUAGUAUUAAAGGUAUUUAUUGGCAAGAUUCACAUGAUAUCGAUGCAGAUGACUAUAAAUUAUUUAACAAACUCAAAAUGGAUACGUUAAUAAAUAUAGAUCAUCCUAUUGAUCCUUAUCAUGACUAUUGGUCGUCGAAAACACACUCAAACAAUGACACUAUAUCCCAAAACUUUGAAACAAAUGCCGCGUCUUCAGCAACAAUAUCUCCUAAAACUUCUCUAUAUUUUCCACAAGAUUUAUUACCUUCUUUUUUAAAAAUAAUUCAAGGAAGUACACAAACAAAAGUAUUACUUGUAGAAACCCUGAGACAAAAAUUCACAGAUAUAAGUAAGCAAACAAUUCAAUGGAAGUUAAGCACUGUUGCACGAAGAAAUGGUAAAGGUGUUCAUGAUGCAUGGGCUGUAAAUCCAUCUGUUUGGCAUUCUGUAUUUGGUGAGAAUCAAGAUUCUUAACAUUCUUUUUUAAAAACAGGAUAUGUUUUUCAUUAAAUAUUGGGUCUUGUCAAAU